AUGUCGUCGACGUCUGAGCAGCUCGAAGACCUUGGCAGAGUCGCGUUGAGGUGGUCGAGCGCAGCAGACCGACUUGCAGCUUGGAGGUCAGCCCCCAACCUUGGCGGCAGAGGAGGCGGAACGUCCGCCAUUGCUUUUGAUAUCGCACCCGCCACGGGGGCGAUGCAUUCGAGUGUGCCACGCGGGAUUCGCUCCGAUUCCGUUGUUGCACCUUGCGUGCACUCGGUUCACUCGCCACAACACGCAGGCCUGGAGCGGGUGCUGCUCCGGCGGGGCGGCGGCGGCAACCUGACGGGCCUGCUGGCGCUGCUGGCGCCUCUGGCCGCGCUGCCGCUGAUCGCCGGCGCGGCGCUGCCGCUCAGCAUGGCGCCGCUGCUGGCGCCCGCCGUGAGCACGGUGCUGGGACGCCGCCGGAGGGACCUGCUCGCCGCGUUCGUCGGAAACAACGAGGAGCAGCAGCAGGACGAGGUGCUCGCGGGCUACCUGCAGUGCAGCGGCAUGCUGGCCGCCGACAACCACUGCCUGGAGCGGCUAGCGUGCCAGUUCUCGGCCGAUGCGCUGCGCGCACCACUGCACAAGGACGUUGCCUCGCUGGUCAUCUACACCCUCCUCAGGAACCGAUUCAUCCCGGAGCGCUUCAAGCAGCGGCUGCGCUUGGCGGCCCGCCAGGCGCGCCCUUCGCCCGCGCACUGCCUGCGGCGCUUCCCCUGCGCCCAGCAGCGCCGCCCAGCGCCGCUACCGUCGUCAUGAGCCGGUCGUGUCGGCACAUGGUGGAAUACAUAUUCGGCGCCCUCUUGUGCGAUUCUGACGGGCCAGUGGAGACGCCAGCGGGGACGGCCGCACGAAAGGAAGAGAUCGGUCGAGCGGAAUUUUGAGCGGAGUAGAAUUGGUGUAUGCGCUCGGAGAAGAGUUGCCUAGGUCCGCCAUCUUGCCCGCCGACGCAUCCAUGUUAAGCAGGAAAGCCAAUCCUGUUGAAUGCAGGAAGCGGCGCGGGUCAGCAGCCAAGUGUGCUUGCUCGUUCGUUCCGCGUCAUUGGCGGCUGGAAUUGACUUUCACAUCAAAGGAAAACUCGAAGAAAUAACGAAUUUAGAUAAAAUUGAUUCUAUAAAUUGUUCGUCGCUCGUUCCACGACGUUUAUGGCACAGUGCUUUUA